AUUUGCUUCUCACCCAACUCCAUCCAUGCACUGCGUAACACUUCUGAUUUCAUGGAGGGAGUAUCCCAUGACGGCCGUAGUUCGACUCACUUUUUGAUGGAUGAGGAUGGUGGCAGGGGAUGGAUGGAAGGGCCCAAAGGUCGGCUGCUAUUCUGGGUACCACCCGCUUUUCGAAAACCAUUCUAUACCCUUGGGACUGUAUUCAUGAUACCCAGAGGAGCUCCUGAGCUUGAUUUGAGUCGCAUGGCACACGGACAACAUUGGCAAAAGUGC